AUGACCGUCGAGACCUCCUCGAGGGACCGCGUUUGGUCACGGCGAGAAAUCGAGGGACUGAUUGCAGAGGGAAGAAAGAUCAUAAUCCUCGAUGGACGGGUGAUCAAGGCUGAUGCCUGGCUGCCCUUUCACCCUGGCGGUGACAAGUCCAUCUUGCACAUGGUCGGAAGAGAUGGAACCGAUGAGAUUCGUGCACUUCACUCCCUCGAGGCGCAGGCGCACAUGCUGAAGUUCGGCAUUGGGAGGAUCGAGGGGAGAUGGAUCAACUUUUUGCCUCCCAUACAGGGUGGGCAUUUCAGGCCAUACACCCAGGCUCAAGAUGAGAACGAGGUGGAGGAAGAAGAGGACGCGGGUUCCCAGACGGAUGGCGCUCUCAGCUCUUCCAGCAACAGUACUGCACCUCCGUCCCCCAUCUUCGAUCCUGUCGAUACUCGAGAACGAAUGGUUUCGUCGCCGUCGACUUCUUCAGUUUCGGAAGAUGAGCAGACGACCGUCGACACUGAUCCCAUUCAGAUGAAGCUUUCAGCCGAAAAGUCGUCGGACAUCCUCAAAUAUCCGUCAUUAGACUACAACUCGCAGGAUCGGAUUGUCGCCAGAUACCGGGAACUCGAUGCUCAGAUGCGAGCGGCCGGUCUUUACGACUGCCCGUACGGUGCCUACGGGAUUGAAUGCUGCCGCUAUAUCCUCCUCUUCGCAUCGUCUCUCCUCGCCCUCCACUACUCCCACUACGCUCUCUCUGGCGCCCUUCUCGGCAUGUUCUGGCACCAAUUGGUGUUUACCGCCCAUGACGCCGGACAUAUGGGCAUCACGCACAACUUCCACGUCGACACCUGUGUUGGAAUCUUCAUCGCCGACUUCCUCGGUGGCUUGUCUAUUGGCUGGUGGAAACGCAAUCAUAACGUCCACCACAUCGUUACAAAUUCGCCUGAACAUGAUCCAGAUAUCGAACACAUGCCCUUUUUUGCUAUCUCCACCCGGUUUUUUUCGUCGUUGCGCUCCAGUUACUAUGAUCGAAUCAUGCACUUCGAUAGCAUCGCAAAAUUGGCCAUUGCGAAACAGCACUGGUUGUAUUACCCACUUCUCCUCUUGGGCCGCUUCAAUCUCUACCGUCUCUCUUGGGAAUAUCUCUUUCUGGGCCAAGCCCCCAAAAAGGGACCUGCGUGGUGGCAUCGCUACCUAGAAAUACUGGGGCAAUUCGUCUUCUGGGCUUGGUACGGGUACGGAAUUGUGUAUUGCUCCAUCCCGACAGCCUGGGACCGCUUCGUAUUUGUCAUGGUCAGCCAUAUGGUCACAGCGCCGCUCCAUGUUCAAAUCACGCUUUCCCACUUCGCCAUGUCGACCACCGACAUGGGCGUGCACGAAUCCUUCCCGCAGAAGAUGCUCCGAACCACCAUGGAUGUCGAUUGCGCGCCUUGGCUUGACUUUAUCCACGGCGGAUUACAGUUUCAGGCCGUCCACCACUUAUACCCGAGGAUUCCAAGACAUAACCUUCGAAAAGCGCAGGUAUAUGUGCGAGAAUUCUGCAAAGAGACAGGGAUUCCGUACGCAAUUUAUGGAUUUGCAAAGGGAAACAAGGAGGUUCUCGGUAGGCUGGAGGAGGUGGCGAGACAAGUGAGAGUUUUCGAGGAGUGCAGAAAAGCGUGUGCGAGGGAAGUGGUCGGGGACAAGGAGCACGCCCACUCUUCUUGA